GGAUAUCUGGCUCACUCACUUUACCUCUGACUUGCUGGCGAUGUCUCUUGCUAUCGCCAACGCUCAGAUAGCCCCGACCUGGAACGUCUUUCCGCCCCUGCCUUUCCCAGACUGGAGGAUCGCGGCAUUACAUCACUUUUGCGCUAGCCGAACUUCCAGCAGCCUUCGCUCGCAAGGCUGAUGUCUAAGGCAGCUUUUCUUAUCCUACGACCAUGGCAAGCCUCGCCAAAAGCCUGGUCGCGCCUCGAUUCCUUGCCAACACCCUGCGAACCGCAGCGAUCAGACGACGAACCCUCUCAUGCAGCAACCGAAGAUUCUCUGAACCUGCCCAGGAGGACCGUCUCCCUCAUCCAGCGGCCCUGGACUCAAAGCCUGGAGGCGAGCCUGUGGGCGAGCCCUCGGGCCCGUACAGCCGCGCAGAUAGCGAGACCAAAGAGUAUGCAACAACCGACAAAGAAGAACCAUACAACGUUCCCAAGAAGGAGAUGCGUUACGGGGGAAUACCGCAGCUGAAAGAGUCAAGGGAUAAGGGCCCAGAUCAGAGCGACGCUGGCGAGGGCCCCGACGGGAGCGAGUCUGGAGGGCGGAUGCCCGAAGGUCGCAAGCCGCACAAUGCAGCCUAGGUGCGUGCGCGCCUAAAGCUAGGCUCAACCCCCCUGCGAGAUUGCGCGGAAGAAGCGCAGGAGCGGCUGCGCGAAUCAUGUAAAGAUGCCUUCCAAUCUGUACACUAGA